AGUUCGGUAACAAUUUUACUCGCAGAGUCGCAGAACUGUGUAGUACGAAACGCUGUUGGAAGAUGUCUAAUUUUUUUUUUUACAAGCGUUAAUCCUAAUGUAUGCGAUUAAAUACUCCAACUGUUCUAUGCAUUUCUAAACCAAUUUCAUAAUAGACAAAGAAUAAUUGCAUAAUACAAAUAGGAAGGCAGAGGAAGGAUUGUUGACGUUAAGUUGAGGUUAUGUUCGUGCGUAAUUCCGGAUUAGAGUUCUACGCGACAGGUGAUAAUUACGUUUCACGUUGAAACUUUACGUUCAGAGUAUCUCGUAAUUAACAAAUGUGCACAUUAAGAAUAAUUUCAAACUGUUUGGUAAAUAAAUGUGAAGUGCGGCACGUGUGAAUAGUGAAACAUAAUCAUUUUUAUAAGAAAAGACUUCUCUAAGCCUAACCUAACCUAAUUACAUAUUCAAUGAAGGAUAAAUGAUACAGAAUUUCCCACCACUACUGUAAUGGAAACAAACAUCGGUACAGAAUUCAAACUAAAAAAUGGCUCGACUGCAGAGCUCCCUUCAAACUGUCAAGAGUACGUUGAUGAAUAUCCAUCACCAUAUAUCAAAGCAGAGUUGCCUUUCAUUAAUGAAGAACUUGCUCGCUCUGCAACGUUCUCCCGCUGUACACAAGCUGGACGUGUUAAAGAAUGUAUUCGCAUACAAGAUCAAAAAUCCACUACUCUUGGUACAAAGGAUGAUUUUGUAGAUACCGAAACAUCAUCAGAGAACAAUUUUAGCUCGAGAAAUGUAAGAUCGGGGAGCAUUUUUUCGUGGGAUUCUCUAAUGAAAUCAUGGCAAGAUUCUUCUACGCAGUGUGACAGUGUGAACAUUCUCAAAGAGAAUCCUAUUGUAGAUGAUAAUUACAAAUAUACGGCUCGUUCUGAUCAAGAACAGUCAAGUACUUCUACAGAAAACAUAAUUUCUGGGCAAUCGAAUGAUUUUGUACAAAAUGAGAAGGAAGAAGAGGACAGGGCGCAAUGCGAAAUAUGUAAAAAGUGGGUCAGGAAGAGUUACCUAGUACGUCAUACAAGAGGCCACUUUGCCAAGAGAACACAUAAAUGUCCCCAACCGAAUUGCAACAAGUCUUUUAUACAGAGGUCAAAACUCCUAGCUCACACUCAAGUCCACAAUGGGACCAGACCCUAUCAAUGCAAUAUUUGUCAGAAAAAAUUCUCCCAGAGUUCUCAUUUAACUGUUCACAUAAGCGUUCACACCGGUGAAAAACCUUAUGAAUGUAACAUUUGCAAUAGAAAGUUCACACAGAAAUCCGCACUGACUGUACACUCGUUGAUUCAUACUGGCCAAAAAUCGUACGAGUGUAGUAUUUGUCAGAAAUUUUUUAGGCAAAAAUCACACUUGACCGUACACAUGAAAUUUCAUGCUGGUAUAAAGCCAUAUGGCUGCUCUAUUUGUAGUAAAUCAUUCACUCGUAAAUCAAGCUUGAAUCGACACGAAUUAACCCAUAGUAAAAUGAAGCCUCACAAGUGUCGUAUCUGUAAAAAAACAUUUAUUCAAAAAUCAAAUCUAAGUCGACAUGUACAAACGCAUAUGGAGCAGGGGGUGACGAAUGAAUUCGUCGAAUGCAUAUUGCCAGACAUCAAAACCGAUCAAUUAUAUCGUGCAUAAACGUAAUUGAAAUAUUUUUUUGUACAUUUUUAUUGUAAUAUGUAAUGUUAUUUAUUCUUAUUAUAACAGAUUGCAAUGCAACUCUUCAUUGGUUAGAUUCUGCAUCGUUUAAGAAUUUUUUACAUAAUAUUAGCGUCUAGAUACUGUGCAAAUAUGAUAAUUCUUAGAUCUGGAUCUAAUAGAAAUAUUUUACUUCUACAGAAACAAAGUUAAUGGGAGCUUCUGGUGAAAUUGUGAUGUCCGACAUUUUUCAAUAGAACUAAGUGCGUAUCAGACUAC